CAGAGACAAUGGGAAAUUGUGCUUCCGAUGGGGUGGGAACAGAGAAGGAAAGGACAGACAGACGGACAGAUGGGGAGGACAGAGCUGGACAGAAGGGAGGCAACUGAGCUUGACUGCUAUGGACCUGUGAGCUGCAUCCGGUGUUCAUUCCCAUCCCCAUCGGCCCAACACCUUCACACGCCCAUUGGUCAAUCCACCCGCUUCUGGUUCAAGAGCUUUUAGAAGAAACAAGGCACCUGCUUUCUGUGCUCCUCCAGGUAACCAUUUCUGGGCUGCCCCCUUUACUCCAUCGUCCUUCCUGGAUUCCCACCCCUCAUCCCAAGCCCAUCAUCUUCUCCUGGUCCCAGGAUGGUGAGCUCCACAGAUAAAGGGACAGGGCUGGGAUUCAGGACACUUAGCCAGGCUUAGUGGACUGAUGGUUGAGAGAAGCUUCCAGCACUCUGACUUCUUUGAGCACAGGGAAGAAGCCUUUCUCAAAAGUAUAAAGAGAGUAACCACAUUGAUCAAGUGUUCAAGCCCUGGGGCUUUAAGGUGCUUGGACUUCCAGAGAGACCCAGAAACAUCUUUACCAGGACCUACUUGACUUCCUUAAGCAGGACAGAGAGCGGCUAAGUGUUGCUCCCUUCAUCUCUGGGAAGAGACCAGCUUCUAACAGACAGUGCUGAGUCCCCAUCAUGCCAGGUGGCCUCACCCUUCCUGCACUGUGCCUAUUACUUCUCCCUUGGGCCUUUGCCAUCUUCCACAAAGCCCUGGGGGACCCAGCAUCCCACCCGGGCCCCCACUACCUCCUGCCCCCCAUCCACGAGGUCAUUCACUCUCGUCGUGGGGCCACGGCCACGCUACCCUGCGUCCUCGGCGCCUCGCCUCCCAGUUACAAGGUACGCUGGAGCAAAGUAGAGCCGGGGGAGCUCCGGGAAACACUGAUCCUCAUCACCAACGGACUGCACGCCCGGGGCUAUGGACCUCUGGGAGGGCGCGCCAGGAUGCGUAGGGGUCAUCGGCUGGACGCCUCCCUGAUCAUCGAGGGCGUGCGCCUGGAGGACGAGGGCCGGUACCGCUGCGAGCUCGUCAACGGCAUCGAGGACGAGAGCGUGGCGCUGACCUUGCGCCUGGAGGGUGUGGUAUUUCCGUACCAACCCAUUCGAGGCCGGUACCAGUUCAAUUACUACGAGGCGAAGCAAGCGUGUGAGGAGCAAGACGGACGCCUGGCCACUUACGGUCAACUGUACCAGGCGUGGACUGAGGGGCUGGACUGGUGUAACGCGGGCUGGCUGCUGGAGGGCUCCGUGCGCUACCCCGUGCUUACCGCGCGCGCUCCGUGCGGCGGCCGAGGGCGGCCAGGGAUCCGCAGCUACGGACCGCGCGACCGGAAGCGCGACCGCUACGACGCCUUCUGCUUCACCUCAGCACUGGCCGGCCAGGUGUUCUUCGUGCCUGGGCGACUGACGCUGUCUGAAGCCCACGCGGCGUGCCGGCGGCGUGGAGCGGUGGUGGCCAAGGUCGGGCACCUCUACGCCGCCUGGAAAUUCUCCGGGCUGGACCAAUGCGACGGCGGCUGGCUGGCUGACGGCAGCGUGCGCUUCCCCAUCACCACGCCGCGGCCGCGCUGCGGGGGCCUCCCGGAUCCCGGGGUGCGCAGCUUUGGGUUUCCCAGACCACAGCAGGCGGCCUAUGGGACUUAUUGCUACGCGGAGUAGGGGCCCAUCGCACCCCAUCAGCGCGCGUGACGAAGCUUAGGAGUGGUGGCAGGGUCUAUCGUCGCCCUUUCCCGUGAGCCUCCCCUCAUGCCAGACGUGGAGCGGCCUCUCCAGAUCUGCCUUCCCAGCUCGGGGCUGCGGGCCACGGACUCCGGCUGGCCCAACUUUGGGGAGCGGAGGUGGUGGCGGCUGGGUAUGCAUACGACCCUUGGACCCAUCAAUCGCAGACCCGCGGGGUUCCCAUCCCCCUAGCAGAGAACGCAGACGCACACAGAGGGCGGGAGAGGUGCCCCGCUCGAGGCCCGGAGGAAUUAACUGACCUCUGGUACAGCAAUAAAAUAACGUGGGAACCUUCUGUGAUGAGGCUGUAAAUCUUGGAAGCGCAGGGGUAUGUGCGUGCGAGGGGAAUGACCCUGGACUCAGCGUGCAGACUGCGCGCCUAAGAAGAUAGGGUUGGAGGAGGGAAUUUACUGCCUCUAUAGGAUGCGUUAUCAGAGGACAGAGCAUUGCGACAAAAGGGCACCCACAGACCAAGGGAGAGAGCCGGAAAGUCGCUUGACCCAGGCGGAGAACCCAGACAGUUAUUACACCAGGUGCCACACGAGGGCGCCGCACACUCACCUAGAAUUACUGUAGUCUCAUCUGUUAGGAGCGCAGCAUAACCCGAGGCCUACCCUCUGGGCCCUGGAGAACAAAUGCGCGAUGGACUUAAACAUAUUUCAAAAUGUGUUUACAUCCUGACAGUCUCCCGAAGCACUUUCAGGGACUACUGUGAAACACAGGAAAGUUAGGGGGCUGGGGUUAUUGCUCAGUGGUAGAGCGCUUGCCUGGCACGUGUAA